AUGCAGCCUCUAGUCAAUCCUGAUGAUCCGGUUUUGUACGAAAGCGAAGAUACAGGACAGGAGCUAACAGCGUUAGUCCCGAUUGAAGAGACAAGUCCGCUGGGCUACAAUGUCAAUUUUUUCAACGCAACGUUGAUGAACACAUCGGCGAUGAUAGGAAUGGGUAUAUUCUCCACUCCUAGCUUUAUACUGAAGUCGGUCGGCUCGCGGCAACCUCGACGCCCUUUUGAUGGAUCAUUGUACGAAGCCAACCCUUUUGCUACGUCUAUCGUCAAAGUACUUUAUAAUUUUGUGGGUUGGAAUUCGAUUCUCGGCCUUAUGGCCGAAGUCAAGGGCCGCCAUCCGGUCCACACUAUCCAAAAGGCUGGGAUCACUUCGGUUCUAAUUACUGCCUUUCUAUUUAUCACCACACUACUCUCGUUUUCCAUUGUUCUCACAAAAGAAGAGUUGAUGAACGCUGACGAGGUGCUUGGUGCAAUAUUCUUGAGGAAGGUUUAUGGUGAUACUGUGGCUACCAAACUAUUCCCUAUUUUUAUUGGGAUUAGUACUUUCGGAGGGAUAGUAUCAGUGACAUUGUAUUAUGGAAGAAUGCUACGAGAGGCAGGAAGGCAAGGAAUGCUCCCGUUUGCUACAUUCUGGAGUCGAAUUGGACGAUUUAAAACGCCAUAUGGACCCGUGCUCCUUAAAUGGGCGUUAGCAGUUUUUUUGAUUAUUGUUACCCCUGCCCAUGACACCGUUGUGUUCUUGAUCGAUCUUGCCUCUUAUCCUGCUCUGGUUUUUUCCCUACUUGUAGGAUGUGGCGUUUGGAUAUUGCGGCAUCGAAGGGAACGAUUGGGGUUACCGGAACACGCAUACAAGGCGCCGGAUUUUGUGGUAGCUGUGUACGUCUUACAAAGCAUUGCAUUGCUAAUUAUGCCUUGGAUUCCACCAAAGGGUGGUUCUAAGGGUGGCGACGUAGGUUUCUUCUAUGCGACCUACUGUGUUGUUGCGCUCCUGCUUCUAUUAUUAUGUGGGUUCUAUUACUGGGUACGGUUCUGUGCUUUGCCCCAAUGGCUUGGAUACGACCUUGUUGAAGAGACAAUUUCACUUCCGGGAGGCGUCAAGGUUAUGGUGCUGAAGAAAGUGUAUAAGGAGAGUACUGAAAGUCAAGAAGAGCCACUGCUCCGAGGAGAGCGGGAUGAUUGA